AUGUCCUACCAAAACCCUACUAGAGAUAAUGCCCUGAAGCCCAGUUCCACGGCGUGCGCCCUCCCCUGCCCACGCGUGAGACUGCUCCAAGCUCCCGCGUGCAGCGAGCGCCCGCCCUCCUUCUCCCCACCCCGUGCCCCCCCCAAAAAAACUCCUCCUCCUCGGUCUGCCCGCCCCAGGGAGGCCCCGGGCUGGAGGGCGGGGGAGGAAGAAGGGCGGGUAAAGGAAGCGCGCGGCCGCGGGAGCGGGCACGCGCCCCAGUCUCCUCCUCCCGCCUCCCCCCUGGCCGGUUCCCCCCGCCUCCGCAACCCGGCGGGGACCCGGACGCAGCGCAGCCGCCGCCGGCCCCGGAGCGCGUCGGCCGCACCACCCCCGGGGAACGGCUCCGGAUUCCGCCGCACCCCCUCCUGGGCUCCCGCCGCCGUCCCCGCCCGCCAGGGCAAGGGAACAGCCGGAGAGAAGCGCCCUAGCCUGCCCCCCGCCCCCGAGCCACCCACCCCGGCCAGAGGCGCCGUCACCACCCAGCCACCCGACGCGCACGGAGGAGCCCGGCGCAGAGGCGCGACCGCGGCGGGAACCGUCGCCUCCUCCCUCGAGCCUGCGGCCCAGCCCCGCCGGCGCCCCCGCCCCGGCCUCCGGGGAGCCGAGCCAAGGAGAGGGCGGGAGGACGGCGGCCGGGAGGCGGGGGCGCAGGGCUCACUGGCCCCGCCGCCCCCUCCGGCGGCCGGCAAGAACUGCGCCUGCCGGCCCGGAGAAGCGCGGGCUCCUCCGCCUGCGGCCCGGGCUCGGCUCGGGCCUCGCUUCCUGCCUUCCCCUCCCCCGGUUCUCGGCGUCCUCCACAGUGCCCUGGUCUGCUCUCGCCCAGUCCUCCGUCCGGAGGUCGCCCUGGUUCCCGGCCGGACGUCCCCCGCGCCCGCGCCUCGCUCCUCAGCCCCGACCUCGGCCCGCUUCGGUUACCCGGCGCAGCGCGGCCUCCCGGCUUCCCGCUCCCGCAGCUCCCUCCCCGGGGGCGACGAUCUCCGGCGGAGGAGCCGCUCUGGGAGCCGGUUCAAUCCAGCCCGGCAUGGCUACCCAGGCCUGCUUCAGCGCAUGGAGAUCGGCCAGGGCUCGCGGCAACCCCUCUCUCCCGAAAUCCCGCGGCGCCGGAGCUCACUCACCGGGCGGGUGGGUGCGAGCGCCAGCCGGGGGCACCUGGGGGCACGGCGAGCCAAGGAGCUGAGCCGCAGCUCCGCCGCAGCCAACGCCGGGGCAGCGAGUCGCCAGACAAAGCCCGCGAUGGCGAAGCGGAGCGACCGCUAA